UCGUGUCCAAAUGGCAAGGUUGUAUGAAUUAGAACAAGUAGUGAUGAUGAUGUGCUACUUCUUUCAACUUCUCUUUCUUUUCCUAUCUAAUAAUUCAGUUGCUGUGAAUUCCCAACAUCAACAUCAUGAUGAUAAUGUACUGUGUGAUCCUAAACAAAGCUUAGCAUUACUUCAAUUCAAAAAUGCAUUUUCCCAAAGGAUAUUCUCAGAAUACGGGGAAGCUUAUUAUCGAACUUCUACAUGGAAUGAGAGUAGAGAUUGCUGCUCAUGGGAUGGCGUUGAGUGCGAUGAUGAAGGACAAGGCCAUGUGGUUGGUCUUCAUCUUGGCUGCAGUUUACUCCAAGGAACUCUUCAUCCUAAUAACACCAUUUUCACUCUCUCCCACCUCCAAACCUUGAAUCUCUCUUACAAUGAUUUUUCAGAAUCUCCAAUUUCCCCUCAAUUUGGAAGGCUUACUAACUUGAGGGUUUUGGAUCUUUCCAAGUCUUACUUUAAAGGGAAGGUUCCCUUGCAAAUAUCCCACUUGUCUAAAUUGGUUUCCCUUCGUCUUUCUUAUGAUUAUCUUCUAAGCUUUUCAAAUGUGGUUAUGAGCCAACUUGUUCGUAACCUAACCAAUCUAAGGGAUCUUCGACUUAUUGAAGUAAAUCUUUAUCGCCUUAGUCCCACUUCAUUCUACAACUUCUCUCUCUCUUUACACUCUCUUGAUCUUUCUUUCUGUUACUUGUCUGGGAAAUUUCCAGACCACAUUUUCAGUCUUCCAAAUUUACAUGUGUUAAUACUUAAAGAUAACGAUAAGUUGAAUGGAUAUCUACCCAUGUCUAAUUGGAGUAAAUCCCUUCAAAUUUUGGAUCUUUCUCGAACUAGAUAUUCAGGAGGGAUUCCCAGCUCCAUUGGUGAAGCCAAGGCUUUGAGGUACUUAGACUUUAGUUACUGUAUGUUUUAUGGUGAAAUUCCUAAUUUCGAAAGUCAUUCUAAUCCUAUGAUCAUGGGUCAAUUAGUACCCAAUUGUGUUCUGAAUCUCACCCAAACACCUUCUUCAUCUACAUCAUUUUCAAGUCCUCUUCUUCAUGGAAAUAUUUGUUCAACAGGACUUUCAAAUCUUAUCUAUGUGGACUUGACACUUAACUCAUUCACGGGUGCUAUACCCUCUUGGCUAUACUCCUUGCCUAACUUAAAGUAUUUGGAUCUCUCUAGAAACCAAUUCUUUGGUUUCAUGAGGGAUUUUAGAUUCAACUCAUUAAAGCAUCUCGAUUUAAGUGAUAACAAUUUGCAAGGUGAAAUUUCAGAGUCUAUUUAUAGGCAACUCAAUCUUACAUAUUUAAGAUUGAAUUCCAAUAAUUUGAGUGGGGUUUUGAAUUUCAACAUGCUGUCGAGAGUCCCAAAUCUAUCGUGGCUUUACAUUUCCAAGAACACCCAACUUUCAAUAUUCUCAACUACACUUACGCCUGCACAUCUUCUUGACAUAGGAAUAGAUUCCAUCAAAUUAGAAAAAAUCCCUUACUUCUUGAGAAAUCAAAAGUACUUGUCCAACCUAAACCUUUCGAAUAAUCAAAUUGUAGAAAAAGUUCCUGAGUGGUUUUCUGAAUUGGGUGGCUUGAUUUAUCUAGAUCUAUCUCACAAUUUUUUGUCCUUAGGAAUAGAGGUGCUACUUGCUUUGCCUAAUCUGAAGAGUCUCUCUCUUGAUUUUAACUUGUUUGAUAAGCUACCUGUUCCAAUGUUGCUACCAUCGUUUACGGCAUCCUUUAGUGUUUCAAAUAAUAAGGUUAGUGGAAAUAUCCAUCCUUCAAUCUGCCAAGCCACCAAACUCACUUUUUUGGAUUUGUCCAAUAAUAGCUUAAGUGGUGAACUUCCAUCAUGUCUCUCCAACAUGACUAAUCUAUCCUAUUUGAUAUUGAAAGGUAACAACUUGUCUGGAGUUAUUACCAUACCUCCAAAGAUUCAAUACUAUAUUGUUUCAGAAAAUCAGUUCAUUGGAGAAAUUCCUCUUUCAAUUUGCCUUUCACUUGACCUCAUCGUCCUCAGUCUGUCAAAUAAUCACAUGAAUGGAACAAUUCCACCAUGUCUUACAAACAUCAGCACUUCUCUUUCAGUAUUGAAUUUAAAAAACAACAACUUUAGUGGUUCUAUUCCGACAUUUCCUUCAACGGAAUGUCAAUUGAGCAGUCUUGAUUUGAAUGACAACCAAAUAGAAGGAGAAUUGCCAGAAUCAUUGCUGAACUGUGAAUAUCUUAAAAUUUUGGAUAUUGGGAAUAACAACAUAACAGGCUCCUUCCCUUAUUGGUUAAAAACUGCUGCAAGUUUGCAAGUUCUCAUCCUUCGAUCCAAUCAAUUUUAUGGCCAUAUCAACAAUUCCUUCAUCAAGAAUUCUUUCUCAAACCUACAAAUUAUUGAUGUUUCUCACAAUUAUUUCAGUGGACCAUUGCCUUCAAACUUUUUUAACAACAUGAGAGCCAUGAGAACCACGAGAGUCAUCAGCCUUAAUACAUCCGAACGCAAAUAUUUUUCAGAAAAUACUAUUUACUAUCAAGAUUCAAUUGUGAUAACAUUAAAAGGUUUUCAACAAAAGUUGGAAACAAACAUUUUGAUUUUUAGAACUAUUGAUCUGUCAAGUAAUGGUUUUAAUGGAAAGAUACCAAAGGAAAUUGGAAUGUUGAGGUCUCUGGUAGGUUUGAACCUUUCACACAAUAAGCUUACAGGUGAAAUUCCUACAUCACUUGGCAAUUUGAACAAUUUGGAAUGGCUGGAUCUUUCAUCAAAUCAAUUGUGCGGUAACAUUCCUCCUCAGUUGGUUGGUCUUACAUUUUUGUCCUAUUUGAAUCUCUCACAAAAUCAUCUUUUUGGACCAAUUCCUAAAGGCAAACAAUUUGAUACUUUUGAGAAUUCUUCCUACUUUGAUAAUCUUGGACUUUGUGGGAAUCCUCUACCAAAAUGUGAUGUGGAUCAAAAUGGCCAUAAAUCUCAACUGCUACAUGAAGUUGAAGAAGACAGUUUGGAAAAAGGGAUUUGGGUGAAGGCUGUGUUCAUGGGAUAUGGAUGUGGGAUUGUAUCUGGAAUAUUCAUUGGAUAUCUUGUUUUUCAUUAUGGAAAACCUGUGUGGAUUGUGGCAAUUGUGGAAGCCAAAAUAGCUCAAAAGAUCCGGUCAUCUAGGAGGAGUUACAGGCCUAGGAUAAGAAAUAACAACAUAUUCUCGGCUAACAAUUGUAAGCGACUAUCUGUGUCCUACAUUAGCAUGGCAUUGUUGUAUCAAUUACAAGUGUGCAUCUUGCUUCACUUUCUUUUUCUCAUUUCAGUACUUGUGAAUUCCCAUCAUCUGUGUCAUCCUAAAGAAAGCUCAGCAUUGCUUGAAUUCAAGAACACCUUUUGGAAACAAGACUUGGGUGAUGAGUUUGUGGGGCAACCUUCUUAUCGACCUUAUUCCACAUGGAAUGACAGCACAGAUUGUUGUUUAUGGGACGGUGUGGAGUGCGAGGACGACGAAGGAGAAGGUAGCCAUGUUGUUGGCCUUCAUCUUGGCUGCAGUUCACUCCAAGGAACUCUUCAUGCUAACACUACCCUUUUCACACUCUCCCAACUCAAAACUUUGAAUCUUUCUUAUAACAAUUUUUCAGGAUCUCCAUUUUCACCUCAAUUUGGAAUUCUUACUAACUUGAGGGUUUUGGAUCUUUCCUACUCUUCCUUCCAAGGUCAUGUUCCAUUACAAAUAUCUCAUUUGUCUAAAUUAGUUUUCCUUGAUCUUUCUUAUAAUUACGAUCUCAGUUUUUCAAAUGUGGUUAUGAAUCAACUUGUUCAUAACCUUACCAAUUUGAGGGAUUUUGGGCUUGCUGAAACAAAUCUUUUAGACAUCACACCAAUUUCUAAUUUCAUGAAUCUCUCUCUCUCUCUGGCGUCUCUUGAUCUUUCUUCAUCUUACUUGUCCGGGAAUUUUCCAAACCACAUUUUGGGUCUUCCAAAUUUGAAGGUGUUAAGGCUUGAUGAUAACCCUGAUUUGAAUGGACAUCUAUCCAUGUCUAGUUGGAGUAAAUCUUUAGAAAUUUUAGAUCUUUCUCGAACUAAUUUUUCUGGAGAGAUUCCUAGCUACAUUGGUGAAGCCAAAGCCUUAAGAUACUUAGACCUUAGUUUCUGCAAUUUCAAUGGUGAAAUUCCUGAAUCAAUUGAAAACCUUACACAGCCUCCUAAUCUCCAAAUCCAUUCUAAUAGUUCCCAUUGUUUUCUCAACCUCAACCAACAAGUUUCAUCUAAUCCAUUUCAAAAUAAUGUUUGUCUUCACACACUUUCAAAUAUUAUUCAUUUGGACUUGAGAAAUAACUCAUUCAUUGGUGGCAUACCCUCUUGGCCAUAUUCUUCCCCUAGCUUAAAAUAUUUGGAUCUCUCUAAUAACCAAUUCUUUGGUUUCGUGAGGAAUUUUAGAUCUAACUCGUUAGAAUAUCUUGAUUUAAGUAAUAACAAACUGCAAGGUGAAAUUUCAGAGUCUAUUUAUAAGCAACUCAAUUUUACAUAUUUAGAUUUGGGGUCCAAUAAUUUAAGUGGGGUUUUGAAUUUGGACAUGUUGAGAAUCCCAAGUCUAUCGUCGCUUGACAUUUCCAAUAAUCCCCAACUUUCAAUUUUCUCAACUACAGUUACCCCUGCAAAUCUUCUUUUCAUACGAAUGGAUGGCAUCAAAUUAGAAAAAUUCCCUUUCUUUUUGCAAAAUCAAAACAACUUGAGCUACCUAGACCUUUCAAAUAACCAAAUUGUAGGGAAAAUUCCUGAGUGGUUUUCUGAAUUGGGUGGUUUGAGUGUUCUGCUUUUAUCUCAUAAUUUUUUGUCUUCAGGAAUAGAAGUGAUCCACACUAUGCCUAAACUGAUGAUGGUCUAUCUUGAUUUUAACUUGUUCAAUAAACUACCUGUUCCCAUGUUGCUGCCAUCUGUAACGACUUACUUCAGUGUUUCAAAUAAUGAGGUUAGUGGAAAUGUUCAUCCUUCAAUUUGCCAAGCCACCAAUCUUAACUACCUUGAUUUGUCACAUAAUAGCUUGAGUAGUGAACUCCCAUCUUGCCUCUCUAACAUGACUAAUCUAGACACUUUGAUAUUGAAAAGUAACGACUUUUCUGGAGUUAUUCCCAUACCACCAAGGAUUAGAAACUAUAUUGCUUCAGAAAAUCAGUUUGAUGGAGAAAUUCCUCAUUCAAUUUGCCUUGCACUUAAUCUUCAAAUUCUCAGUUUUUCAAAUAAUCGAAUGAGUGGAGGAACAAUUCCAUCAUGUCUCACAAACAUCACUUCUCUUUCAGUGUUGGAUUUGAAAGGUAACAACUUUGUUGGUAUGAUUCCAACAUUUUUUCCUACAGGAUGUCAACUGAGCAGCCUUAAUUUGAAUGACAACCAACUAAAAGGGGAAUUGCCACAAUCCUUACUCAACUGUGAAAAUCUUCAAGUUUUGGAUUUGGGGAGUAACAAGAUAACAGGCCACUUUCCUUAUUGGUUAAAAGCGGCUUCAAAUUUGCGAGUUCUUAUCCUUCGAUCAAAUCGAUUUUAUGGCAAUAUCAACAAUUCGUUCAACAAAGACUCUUUCUCAAACCUACGGAUUAUUGAUCUCUCCCACAAUAGUUUUAGUGGACCAUUGCCUUCAAACUUUUUUAAGAACAUGAGAGCCAUCAUGCAAGUGGAAAACAAAAAGUACAGUUCUUAUGAUGAAAAUGAGGUAGGUGAUUAUUAUCAAGACUCAAUUGUUAUAUCGUUAAAAGGGUUGGAUCAAAAGUUAGAAAGAAUUCUUUUGAUAUGGAAAACUAUUGAUCUGUCAUGUAAUAAUUUUAAUGGAGAGAUACCAAAGGAAAUAGGAAUGUUGAGGUCUUUAGUAGGUUUGAACCUUUCACACAAUAAGCUUAAAGGUGGUAUUCCUACAUCACUUGGUAAUUUGAACAAUUUGGAAUGGUUGGAUCUUUCUACAAAUCAAUUAGUUGGUAGAAUUCCUCCUCAGUUGAUUGGUCUUACGUUUCUCUCCUAUUUGAAUCUCUCACAAAAUCAACUCUCAGGACCAAUUCCUCAAGGAAAACAAUUUGGUACUUUUAGAAGUCAUUCAUACUUAGAAAACCUUGGACUCUGUGGGUUUCCUCUAGCAAAAUGUGAUGCACAUCAAAACGACCAUAAAUCUCAACUGCUGCAUGAAGAAGAUGUGAGUAAUUUGGAAAAGGGGAUUUGGUUGAAAGCUGUGUUGAUGGGGUAUGGAUGUGGGAUGCUAUUUGGAAUAUUCAUUGGGUAUCUUGUUUUUCAAUGUGGAAAACCUGAUUGGAUUGUGAGAAUUGUGGAAGGCAGAAGAGCUCAAAAGAUCCAAACAUGUAGGAGGAGUUACAGGCAUAGGAAAAGAAAUAACUAGAGGUUUAUGUUCUGUCAAUUUUAUGAAAAUGACUUCAAUUUUAAUUUGAUCUUUUCUGAUUCCUUUCUAUCUUCCCUCCUCUCUCUCCCCUUUCUCUAUCAAUGAUUUCUUCCAAGAAAACCAACGUUUCCUACAUAUUUAAGGAAACAAACUCUUUCUUUUUCUAAUUUCUUGUUUAAACUUUGAACAUUUCAAUGGGAGUUUGGUGAGCCUACA